AUGACCAACGCAAUGUCCCCGGCUACAGUGGCCCGCGUGCCCAUUCCUGCCAACGGCGUCGACUACCGCAACAAGAUCGUGCUAGCACCAAUGGUGCGCUCCGGCGAACUCCCCUCGCGCCUCCUGGCCCUGAAAUACGGCGCAGACCUAGUCUGGGGUCCCGAAACAAUCGAUCGCUCUCUGAUCGGCGCAGAGCGACGCAUCAACCCACGCAACGGCACAGUCGAAUUCACGCGCAUGCCCUCAAACGGCGGCCGCCCAGACAAACCAACCAAGGCCUCAAUCAUUUAUCGCAUUGACCGGGCCCGCGAAUCCAGCCGUCUAAUCUUCCAAAUGGGAACUGCAAACCCAGACCUAGCCGUGAAAGCCGCUCGCGUCGUGGCAGCCGAUGUAGAUGGUAUCGACGUCAACUCAGGCUGUCCCAAACCAUUCAGCACAUCCGGCGGCAUGGGCGCAGCCCUCCUCCGCACACCCGACCUCCUCGUCUCGAUCCUCGAAGCCCUCGUGAAAGAAGUUGGCGAGCCCUUCAAAAUCGGCAUCUCUGUUAAGAUCCGCAUCCUCUCCGAACCGGAUGAAACUCGCGCUCUUGUCUCCCGUCUCGUUAGAACUGGUAUCACUGGUUUGACUGUCCAUUGCCGCACAACGCCAAUGCGACCCCGUGAACGCGCAAUUCGCGAUCAACUCCGCAUGGUAAGGGAAAUCUGUCACGAAGCUGGUGUGGCAUGUGUCAUGAACGGCGAUGUCACGUCGCGCGAUCAAGGACUCGCAUUGAUGAGCGAGUAUGGCGUUGACGGGGCUAUGAUUGCCACAUCUGCCGAGACGAAUUCUUCCUGUUUCCGUGCUGAAGCGGAUGGCGGUGCUGCGGACUGGAAGGAGGUUGUCUAUGAAUAUCUCAAGCUCUGUUUGGAGGUUGAGAACCGACUAGGCAAUACGAAGUAUCUCAUGAAUAUGUUGAUCCCCGGCAAGAACAAGGAGUUCAAGGAGGCUAAGCAGUGCAAGACUUAUCUUGAUAUCUGCCGCAGCCUCAGUUUCGAUGAUCUCGUCCCCGCCGCUAUGCGUGUUGAUGAGAUCUUGGAUCUCUCACAGAAGUGGGAGUCUGUUCCUGCUUCUGCCCCUGCUUCUGCGCAUUCGGCUGAGACUGCUGAGGGCAAAUCGAAGGCUGUGCAGCACGCUAUGGAGUCCGAGGCUGCUCGUGCCGCUGGUGGUGGUGCUGCGAGGACUAAGGCUGCUCCCGCUGUGCACAAUGGCUGUGGUCCUAUUCGGAGGACUUCUCAGCCUGAGCAGAAGGUCAAGGUUGAUGAGCAGCCCGCGGUUGAUGUAACUGUUUCUCUCGUGGAGACUCAGACGCAGACUCAGCCUCAGGCGGCCGCUUAA